AUGAGAGGCCUGCAAAACCUAGCUGCGGGCUUGCUCUGUAGCACGCUGGUUUCUACAGUUGCAGCACAAGGAAUCACUGCUCUACACGAAGCUGGUCGAUGUGCUAUUCGUGGUCAUUGUGGAAAGAAGAGCAUUUUUGGUGGAGAGUUGCCUUGUCCGGACAACGGGCUUGCGCGCGAGCCGGAUGACGCUGUCAGAGAAAAGCUAGUUUCGCUUUGUGGAAGCAAAUGGUCUGAGGGACCUGUGUGUUGCGAAGGCGAACAGGUCGACGCCUUGAAAAAGAACCUGAAGCUUGCGGAGGGUAUCAUUGCCUCGUGUCCCGCAUGCGUCGAUAACUUCUUCAACACGUUCUGUACAUUCACAUGUUCGCCGGAUCAGUCUUUGUUCGUCAAUGUCACACAAACUGAGCCUAAGGGAGACAAGUUUCUGGUCACGGAAGUAGACAAUCUUUGGUCGGAAGAAUGGCAGAGCGGAUUCUACGACAGUUGCAAAAAUGUCAAGAAUGGCGCGUCUGGAGGAAAAGCUAUUGAUUUUAUUGGUGGGGGAGCCAAGAAUUAUACACAAUUCAUGAAAUUUCUAGGCGACAAGAAGCUGCUCGGCAGCCCGUUCCAGAUCAAUUAUGAGACAGAGCCUCGAAACCCGGAUCAUGGCAUGAAAGCUCUGACAAUCAGUCCCAAGGCCUGUAAUGAUUCAGAUCCAGCUUAUCGUUGCUCUUGUGUGGACUGUCCUGAAGUCUGCCCAACGUUACCAGAAGUCAAGUCACAAGAGUAUUGCCACGUCGGACUUAUGCCGUGUAUGUCCUUCGCAGUCAUUAUCAUCUACUCGGUAUUUUUAUCUCUCGUUGUAUCCAUAUCAAGUUUUGUGGCCUAUCGAGAACACCGAUAUCGCAAACCCGAAAGGGUUAGAUUGUUGCAGGAUCCCGUGCAAAGUGAUGACGAGGACGACGGCGAGCUCGUCCAUGGUGCUGGCUACUUGGAAACACCUCAUAAGCACUACAAGCUGAAUGGAAUCUGUGAUAAAGCUUUCAACCGGCUAGGUAGUCUCUGUGCCCGCUUUCCCGCAAUAACGAUCUCUGCGAGCGUCGUUGUCGUCGGACUUCUCAGCUUAGGGUGGACCCAAUUCACUGUAGAGACAGAUCCCGUUCGUCUCUGGGUCAGCCCUACUUCGGACGCAGCUCUAGACAAGGAAUUCUUUGAUGACAACUUUGGUCCAUUCUUUCGCGCCGAACAAGCAUUUUUGAUCAACGAUACAGGCCCAGUACUGAGCUAUGAUACUUUGAGUUGGUGGUUCGAUGUUGAGAGUCGUGUUCGUCGCAUGAUAUCCUUGAAGCAAGGCUCAACUCUAGAUGACGUGUGCUUCAAACCUGGUGAUGCCUGUGUGGUACAAUCACUAACAGGAUAUUAUGGUGGGUCAUUUGCUGGAGUCACUCCCAGGAACUGGCAAAAGACGCUCGCUCAUUGCACCGAAUCACCUGGUGAUGUUAGCUGUCUCCCGGACUUCAAACAACCUCUUCAACCUACCAUGGUUCUUGGUGGCUAUGAGGAUACUGACAAUGUACUCGACGCAAGCGCUAUUCUGGUCACUUGGGUCGUAAACAACUUUCUGCCGGGGACAGAAGGUGAAAGCAAAGCCAUCGACUGGGAAGAAAGUUUAAAGCAAGUCUUGGGGGUCGUGCAAGAAGAAGCACGCGAGCGCGGUCUACGUCUAUCUUUCAAUACGGAGAUGAGUCUAGAGCAAGAGUUGAAUAAAUCAACCAAUACUGACGCUAAGAUUGUGGUCGUCAGUUACGUCAUUAUGUUCAUCUAUGCAUCUAUUGCGUUGGGAUCUGGGGCACUAACUCUUCGGUCGCUCUUGACUAAUCCAUCAAACGCAUUGGUCCAGUCCAAAUUUACCUUAGCGAUUGUCGGAAUUGUGAUUGUUCUAAUGUCUGUUUCCUCGUCGAUUGGAUUAUUCUCUGCGCUUGGAAUUAAGGUGACCCUUAUUAUUGCUGAAGUCAUCCCAUUCCUGGUGCUUGCCGUUGGAGUCGACAACAUCUUCCUUAUUGUCCACGAAUUCGAUCGCGUGAACAUCAGCCAUCCUGAUGAGGAAAUUGACGAGCGUGUUGGUCGUGCCCUUGGCCGCAUGGGACCUAGUAUUCUCCUAUCAGCCAUUACUGAAACCGUGGCAUUCGCUAUGGGUAUAUUCGUCGGCAUGCCAGCAGUCAAGAACUUUGCAGCUUACGCCGCUGGUGCCGUUUUUAUCAACGCCAUUCUCCAAGUUACCAUGUUCAUUGCUGUACUUGCACUUAACCAAAGACGAGUAGAAAGUCUUCGCGCGGACUGUUUUCCUUGUUUCACCGUUCGCCGAGCAACAUCUUCUGGUCUACCGGAGGGCGUGGCGUAUGAUGACACGGCAGGAGAAAGCUUCCUUCAAAGAUUUAUUCGCCGCGUAUACGCACCAGCUCUGCUAGACCGGAGAGUGAAGGCAGCUAUAAUAGUCAUCUUUCUCGGCUUAUUUACAGCAGGUCUGGCCCUCAUACCUGAAGUCGAGCUAGGUCUUGACCAACGUAUUGCGCUACCAACCGGCUCAUAUCUUAUUCAAUAUUUUGACGAUCUUGCCGAUUACUUUCAAACGGGCCCUCCGGUGUAUUUCGUCACACGUGGCGUCAACAUAACAGCACGAUCACAUCAACGACAAGUUUGUGGUCGAUUUUCCACAUGCGAAGAAUAUUCGCUUCCUUUCGUGUUAGAGCAAGAGUCCAAAAGGCCCAAUGUUUCUUAUAUAUCCGGAUCUACUGCCAGUUGGUUGGAUGACUUCUUUUACUGGCUCAAUCCCCAAUCAGAUUGCUGCAAGGAGGACAAAAAGAUCUGCUUUGAGGAUCGCACUCCAGCUUGGAACAUUACCUUAUCAGGCAUGCCUGAGGGAGAAGAAUUUAUCCACUAUGUUGAGAAGUGGAUCGAGUCGCCCACGGAUGCCUCCUGUCCGCUCGGAGGCAAGGCUCCUUAUAGCAAUGCGGUUGUGAUUGACAGCAAACACCUGACCACAAACGCCACUCAUUUUCGAACGAGCCACACUCCCUUGAGAACUCAGGCCGAUUUCAUCAAUGCACAAGCCUCAGCUCGACGCAUAUCAGAAUACCUGUCAAAGGAACACGAUAUUGACAUCUUUCCCUACUCGAAGUUUUAUAUCUUCUUUGAUCAAUACGCCUCUAUCGUUCGCCUGACAGGUACCCUUCUCGGAGCCGCGAUCGGCAUCAUUUUUGUAGUGAGUUCUGUGCUACUGGGAUCUCUGGCUACUGGUGCAGUCGUUGCCACGACUGUCGUUAUGAUCGUCGUAGACAUUAUAGGAACCAUGGCUAUUGCGGGUGUAUCGCUCAAUGCAGUUUCACUCGUUAACCUGGUCAUAUGUGCGGGAAUCGGAGUCGAGUUUUGUGCUCAUAUUGCUCGUGCUUUCAUGUUCCCGUCUCGCAACAUGCUUGAGAAAAGCCCCAAGUUGCGCGGCAAGGACGCAAGGGUCUGGGCUGCACUCAUCAACGUUGGAGGCAGUGUCUUCAGUGGAAUCACUAUUACGAAACUUCUUGGUGUCUGUGUACUCGCUUUUACACGCAGCAAGAUUUUUGAGAUAUACUACUUCCGUAUCUGGUUGGCCCUCGUGGUCUUUGCCGCGACCCAUGCAUUGAUCUUUUUGCCUGUUGCUUUGAGUUAUUUUGGCGGGGAAGGCUACGUGGAUCCUGAAUCAGAUGGCGGUUUGGAAGACAACCUUGCAGCUCGCGGCUAUCGAUCGCUACUCAUGAACGACGACUACGACUCUGAAGAAGAGGAUUGA